AACUCGAGUGCAGACCACCGCGUGAGGCUGGACCUGGGCCUGUGGGACAAGUUCAGCGAGCUGGCCACUAAGUGCAUUAUCAAGAUCGUGGAAUUUGCCAAACGAGUGCCUGGCUUCACGGCGCUGACCAUCGCGGACCAGAUCACGCUCCUGAAAGCUGCCUGCCUGGACAUUCUGAUCCUGCGCAUCUGUACGAGAUACACCCCAGACCAGGACACCAUGACCUUCUCCGACGGGCUCACCCUCAACCGAACGCAGAUGCACAACGCUGGCUUCGGCCCGCUCACCGACUUGGUGUUCACGUUUGCCAACCAGCUGCUGCCCAUAGAGAUGGACGACACAGAGACAGGCCUCCUCAGCGCCAUCUGUCUCAUCUCUGGAGGUGGGCGAGCCGGGGGCAUUGAGUGA